CACACAGGAGAGAAGCCGUUUUCAGGUUCAGGAAGUGGUAAAUGUUUUACUCAGCAAUCAAAUCUUUUUACACAUCAAAUAACUCGCACAAGAGAGAAGCCAUUUUCAAGUUCACAAUGUGGGAAAUGUUUUACUUGCAAAGGAGAUGUUACUCGACAUCAAAGAACUCACACAGGGGAGAAACCAUUUUCAUGUUCACAAGGUGGGAACUGCUUUACUAGGAAAUCAAAUCUUGUUCAACAUCAAAGAACUCACACAGGGGAGAAGCCAUUUUCAUGCUCAGAAUUUGGGAAAUGUUUUACUGGCAAAUCAAAACUUCUUAAACAUCAGAAAGCUCACACAGGAGAGAAUGCAUUUUCAUGCUCAGAAUGUGGGAAACGCUUUACUGACAAAUCACAUCUUGUUCAACAUCAUAGAACUCACACAGGAGAGAAGCCAUUUUCAUGCUCAGAAUGUGGGAAAUGUUUUACUGACAAAUCAAGUCUUGUUAAACAUCAAAGAACUCACACAGGGGAGAAGCCAUUUUCAUGCUCAGAAUGUAGGAAAUGUUUUACUGACAAAUCAAGUCUUGUUAAACAUCAAAGAACUCACACAGGAGAGAAACCAUUUUCAUGUUCAGAAUGUGGGAAAUGUUAUACUGGCAAAUCAAAUCUUCUUAAACAUCAGAAAACUCACAUAGGAGAGAAGCUAUUUUCAUGCUCAGAAUGUGGGAGAUGUUUUACUGAGAAAUCACAUCUUGUUAGACAUCAAAGAACUCGCACGGGGGAGAAGCCAUUUUCAUGUGCAGAAUGUGGGAAAUGUUAUUCCCAAAAAUCAAGUCUUGUUAAACAUCAAAGAACUCACACAGGAGAGAAACCAUUUUCAUGUUCAGAAUGUGGGAAAUGUUAUACUGGCAAAUCAAGUCUUCUUAAACAUCAGAAAACUCACAUAGGAAAGAAGCUAUUUUCAAAUCACAUCUUGUUAAACAUAAAAGAACUCACACAGGAGAGAAGCCAAUUUAGAGCAAUAAAUGAUGCAGAUAACACAUCUAUAUAUUCACCAUGUACAUAGGAUAUCUGACAUUUAUACAUAUAUCAUAUACUGCAUCUCCAAACUUGUUACCAAUUGUUAAUAAAAGUUUUCUAUUAGAACGUAGUCACCGAUCCAGCGAUGUCAUCACUAUAGUUUACAUGGUAGGAGAAGAGUGUGAUAUAUGGUUGUGAUAUUACAUAGUUACAUAGUUAGUACGGUCGAAAAAAGACAAACGUCCA